CUCGACUGGACUCGCCACGAUGUGCCCAACCUCUCACCAUGGAUUCAGUUUGCCAAGAACUUCGACUACAGCACGACACAAUUAGGCCCCAUGAGUGCUUGGCCGGAGCAUCUGCGAUCGGCCGUGGUAUAUUCGAUGUCGAACCCACAGCCACGAAUUGUUCUCUGGGGCGAAGAGAGGACCUUCCUCUACAACGAGGCCUGCAUCCCACUCAUCCAACCUAAACACCCUAGUUCAUUUGGCCAGCCGGCUGCAGAGGCUUGGGCAGACGUAUAUGAGGGAAUUGGCCCCCUUAUCGACAAAGCUUUUGACGGCCAGAUCAUGUCUCUCGAACGGCUCCCUGUUAUGAUGACCCGAAAGGAUUUCGUCGAAGAGAGUUACUUCGACUUUUCACUUCUACCCGUCAUGGGACCGGAUGGACGACCCUGUGGGGUCCUAGAUGAGGUGGUGGAGACUACGAAGACUGUUCGGAGUGAGCGUAGGAGGCAGUCUAUGCUCGUUCUCACGAAGCAUAUUGCCGAAGCCAGCAGUCUCGACAAACUGUGGUCUGCUUUUCUUCGUGGCGUUGACGCGGCCGGUCAUGACGUCCCGUACGCACUACUCUACGCAGUGCAACAUCGCGGUAGCCGGAGCGAGUUAGCCGACGACGAUCCCGAGAAGUGUGCACUCGUUGGUACGGUAGGUAUGCCGCUAUAUGACGGUAGCGUACUGCAAUCCUUCGAUCUGCAUGCUUGUGCUGAAGAUGGCUCUGUAUCCGCCGUCACCAAAGCGUGUGCGGAAGCGUUGAAUACGAAGAAGGAAGUGAUAAUGACUAGCAAGGACGGUUCCUUACCCAGCUUACUGAAGCACGCGACGCCGGACAGAUCGUAUGGCGGCGACGAGAUACGCACUGCGAUUGUCACUCCCAUCAUAUCUGCGAUCGGUGACAAGAGGCUCGGUGUGCUUGUCUUCGGUCUGAACCCACGGACACCGUACGAUCAAGAAUACACUAUGUGGACCCACCUGAUGACCGACGUCCUAACAAAGACCGCAACACUUAUCACAAUGCCGGAGGAGCAGCGUCGAGCGCAAAAGGUGGCAGACGAGAUGAACGACUCGCUUGUCCAGCAACUCCGCAUCACCACACUGCAGGCCGAGCGCAGUGAAGCCAGGUUCCAGCGGAUGGCAGAGAGCACUCCGAUUGGAAUGUUUUACUUUCAAACGAACGGCAUGCCGGUGCACGUCAAUGAUGCGUACAUGGAGAUGCUUGGGGUGUCUGGCGCCAAGGAUGCCGUGCGGUCACCCACCGAACUGGACUGGGAAGAUAAAAUCCAUCCUGAUGACCUACCUGGUGUGCUUGAAUGCUGGCGGAACAUAGUGGAGACGAAAGGACCCGCCACAAUCGAGUAUCGCCUGAAGCGUCCAUGGCAGUCGGUGGAUAAGGCUACGGGUCAGGUGCUUACGGGAGAUGCGUGGUUGAUGGCCAACGGCGUCCCGGAGACGGAUAGCGACGGCAACGUCACCGCCGUGCUAGGUUGGCUCACCGACAUCUCACUUCGUAAAUUCAGCGAGACGCUGCUCGCGCAGCGGUUAGAGGAGGCACUGGAGAACAAGCGGCAGAGCGAGAAUUUCAUCGACAUGACCAGCCAUGAGAUGCGGAACCCACUUAGCGCCAUUUUGCAAAGCGCCGAUUCUAUCGUCUCGACGCUGACAACUUCAGGCAUGCCCAUCCUGGGUGAGUCGGUUACCUUGUCGGCGGAGACGGCGGACGAAAUCAUAGAUGCGGCGCAGACGGUCAUUCUGUGCGCGCAACACCAGAAGCGCAUUGUCGACGACAUUCUGACGCUGUCGAAGCUCGACGCCGCUUUGCUCGUCAUCUCACCCGACAAGGUCGCGCCGCCAGGACUUGUCACGAAGGCGUUGAAGAUGUACGAAAGUGAGAUCCUACGCGCCGGCAUCGAGGCUUCCAUGUGCGUUGAAGCGUCGUACAACGAGCUUGCAAUUGAUGAAGUGGUCGUCGAUUCGAGCCGUUUGCUGCAAGUAAUCAUUAACCUCCUCACAAACGCUAUCAAAUUCACCAUGUACUCUGAUCAACGCAAGGUCAGGAUUUGCCUCGGCGCUUCGCGCGAGCGACCGGCAGACAAGCAGAAUGGCGUCACGUAUAUUCCUGAACGCCAUGCACGGCAGGCUCAAAUGGCCGAUGCAGACUGGGGCCGUGGCGAACAGCUCUACCUGCAAUGUUCAGUUGGGGAUACGGGCCGUGGGCUCAGUGAGGAAGAGAUGAAGCUGCUAUUCCAGCGCUUCUCGCAGGCUAGUCCAAAGACGUACAAACAAUACGGCGGUAGCGGAUUGGGCCUGUUCAUCAGCAGAGAGCUCUGCGAGCUGCAAGGUGGGCAGAUCGGCGUGUCGAGCGGCAACGGGAAGACCACUUUCUCGUUUUUCGUGAAGGUGAGGAGGUGGGUGGCGGAAACGGAAUCUGAAGUUUCAGCAGAGAGGUCAAGGAAGGUGAGGACGCCUAGUGUCUCUGCCACACCUGUGAUGUAUGAACGGCGAGGAAGUACGUUCUUGUCGGACGAGUCGAGCGGACAAAGUGGAGCGUCGGCGCCGGACGAGAAUCUACAUGUGCUUGUCGUCGAAGACAAUGUGAUCAAUCAGCGCGUUAUGAGCAAACAACUUCGUCGCGCCGGCUGUACCGUGCAUGUCGCCAACCACGGGCUCGAAUGCCUCGACUUUCUGCAAACCUCGAUCUUUUGCGUCGACCAAAAGGCGACGACUCCUACACCGUUGUCGGUCAUCCUCCUCGAUCUCGAAAUGCCGACCAUGGACGGGCUGGAAUGCAUUCGGCAUAUCCGCGAACAGCAAACGAACGGGAAGAUCCGCAGUCAUGUUCCUGUGAUUGCGGUAACGGCCAAUGCGCGCAGCGAGCAGAUUUCGGCGGCAUUGGCGGCAGGGAUGGAUAGCGUGGUCACGAAGCCGUUCAGAAUACCGGAGUUAUUGCCGCAGAUGAAAGCGUUG